UUAUUUUUGAAGAAAAUGCAAGCAAAAGCAAUUAAUCAAUUAGAAAUUAGUACAAGCCUUUGUAAUGGCCGGUCCUCCAAUCAGUGUGCAUGUGAAGUAUACAUCAAUAUACAUGACAGGCGAGACGAGAGGCGGGAGACGAAGCCAGAGAGGCAAGCAGAGAAGGGGGAAGAAUAUGGGGGGAACCUAUGCGUUACAGGCUCAUCGGAACGCACACAUGAGUGUCAAUCUGUGGCGUAUCGGCGGCAGCAGUCCAGCCACGGUGUCCAGCGGUGUAGGUGGACGCGAAACGACGAUAGUGCGAACACGAGAACGGCCAGAAACGUGGCGCCCACAACGAAUAUGGAUUCUAACAGGCAACAACAGCAAUUGUUGGCGAGUGCGUGCCGCGGUAUGAUGCCAUUUCCGCGUAGACCAUGGAUGAGCGAGACCGGCUUCGCCGCCGCCGCCGCCGCCUCUGGCAAUCUAGGGCUCAAGGGGGUCAUAGCCGGUGGUAUUACUGGAGGCAUAGAAAUUUGCAUAACAUAUCCGACAGAAUACGUAAAGACGCAGCUGCAACUUGAUGAAAAAGCUGGCCCUAGCAAACAAUAUACUGGGAUAGUUGACUGUGUGAAAAAAACCAUCAAGACGCGCGGUUUCUUCGGUUUAUACAGAGGCUUGUCUGUGCUAUUGUAUGGUUCUAUACCAAAAUCAGCGGUGCGAUUCGGUGCUUUUGAGACAGCGAAGAAGCAACUGGUGGACGCUGAUGGCAAACUCAAUCCACAGAGAAGGCUCUUGGCAGGCCUGUGUGCGGGAGUAUGCGAAGCUAUUUUUGCUGUAACGCCGAUGGAAACGAUUAAAGUGAAAUUUAUUAACGAUCAACGCUCAGCUAAACCAAGAUUCAGAGGAUUUUUACAUGGAGUGCGCAUAAUUGUAAAGGAACAUGGUUUUAGAGGAGUAUAUCAAGGAGUAGCACCCACAAUCUUGAAACAAGGAUCCAAUCAAGCUAUCCGUUUUUUUGUGAUGGAAACAUUAAAAGACUGGUACAGAGGAGGUGAUAAUACCAAAAGUGUUCCUAAGUUAGUUGUUGGUGCAUUUGGCGCAAUUGCUGGCGCAGCAUCUGUUUUUGGAAACACACCUAUUGACGUUGUAAAAACUAGGAUGCAGGAUUUGGAAGCCGCGAAAUACAAGGGUAGCGUGGAUUGCGCAAUUCAGAUAUGGAAGAAUGAGGGUCCAAGGGCAUUUUACAAAGGAACCAUUCCGAGAUUGAGCAGAGUAUGUUUAGACGUCGCCAUAACAUUUAUGAUAUAUGAUUCCUUCAUGGAACUUUUCAACAAAGUAUGGCCUUAGAUAAGUGUCGCAUUUCGAUAUACAAUACAUUCUGCCAGAUUUUACAAAUGUUACUUUACGUUGAUACUUUUAAAAGUAUAAUUAUAACGUAUUUUUAUUCAAGUUUAUUUAUAUUCUUAUUUAAGAUGAAAACGCUAUUCAAUAGCGAUUAAUAUUUAUGUCGUACAUCAAAGAUGACAAAAACAAAAAUGUUGUAAAUGCAUUCUGUCAAAUGCAAAUCGAAUUUACGACAUAGAAAGACGUAAUCAUGUUUUGCACAAUGGUGUAACAUUACUACCUCUGGCUCUAGUUAUGCAUUUAUUUAAUGUGCAUUGCACAAGAAUCAUUAUUUUAAUUGUACAAUUGUCUGUGUUUUGUUGAAUUUAUGUUUUGUUCGUGAAUUAUUUCGUGAAUUAUUUUUAAUAUUGUAUUGAACAAUAUUCUGCAACAAUGUACAUUCCCACAGUCACAUUCGUUCCGAAUUACGAGUAUGAGUGUAUCGUUCAUAUACAUUUUUAAAGCGAGAAAAUAGUUUCUGUAUAAUAGUUAUAAGUUACAUCAUAUGCCAAUACAUGCGUUUAUACAGAAUUAAUAUCAGAAUAUAUAUUUAUGUACAAUUUUGUACAGAGAGACAAAAAUGGCACUUAAUAAUCAAGAGUAAGAAAGACUCCAAUGAGUUUUAGUUUUAAAUAAUCUCGUGUCCAAGGAUCACAUCUGUUAUGUUACAGAGGUAAAAAAAAUAGGAGAAUGUAUAUUAAAAAGAAUAAAAACAAAAAGUUUAAGUUAA